AUGGACGAUGCAUGUCAAACUAGGUGUCUCAACGGAACAGUGGUGAAAACAGUGGGUAAUCAGGAGUAUUGUGAGUGCAAAGAUUGUUUCGGUGGGAUAAGUUGUGACGUAGAGUGCUCAGGAAGAGGAAUGUGUCUGAACAGUACCUGCGACUGUGGAUUUGAUGGAUGGCGAGGGGCAACAUGUGAUGUGCUAAGAUGUCCAGGGUGGGGAAGUGAUUGCAGUGGACACGGAGUGUGUAUCCCUUCAUUAAGACAAUGUACGUGCAACCCAGGCUGGAAAGGCGUGGGCUGUCAGAUUCCGCAUUGCGCCGGAGGAGGAAACUGUAGUAACCAUGGUACGUGUGAUGGAGAGAAAUAUGAUCCUCCGGUGUGUACGUCCUGCGACCACACCUACUUUGGUAAAGGAUGCGAGCGACGGUGUUUUAACGGAAGUGUGGUUACGAUUACUGGCGAUACGUCUGCGACAAAUGACGAAGAGUGUCGAUGUGAUAAAUGCUACAGUGGCGUGGACUGCGGUCAAGAGUGCAGCGGUCAUGGCCAGUGUGAAAAUGGAACAUGCAAGUGUGAUGUAGGGUGGCGCGGUGACACGUGUGGCAGGAUAGGAUGUCCAGGGAUAGGGCAGGAUUGUAGUGGACACGGAAGAUGUCUGAGUUUCAAUCAAGAAUGUCAUUGUGAUAAGGGAUGGAAGGGGAUUGGUUGUGAAAACCCUGAUUGUCCCGGGGUUCCUGAUUGUAAUGGUAAGGGUACAUGUGAUGGAAGUGUCGAACCACCACGGUGUGUAAACUGUACUGACAAUACCAUGGGUAGAGCGUGCGUGUUACCUUGUAUACAUGGCAAUGAAGAUCCGCCUAACAGCGCUAUAUGUAAAUGUGAUUCCUGCUACUCAGGCCAAGCCUGCGAUCUCGGGUGUUCAGCACACGGCACAUGCACAAACAACACAUGUGUGUGUCAAGAAGGGUGGCAAAGCGAUCUUUGUGAACUCUCGGAUUGUCCUGGAGAUCCUGAUUGUUUCCAGCGUGGUGUGUGUAUACGGGCAUCCGAAAAUGUUCUACCUGAAUGUCUCUGUAAUCAAGGUUUUGGUGGACCAGAUUGUAGCAAGUUACUCUGUCCUGGGAAUCCUCCCUGUAACAACCGCGGGAACUGUGUACUAAGUAAAGGUGACCGUAUACCUCACUGCGCAUGCCAGCAUAAUUUCGUGGGACAAGCCUGUGAACAAUGUGCUCAGCGGUAUACAGGAGCAAAUUGCGGGGACUGUGUUUAUGGAUUUAUUGGUUGGCCUAUCGGAUGCAAUGUCAGUUGUUUCCAUGGAAAUGCAUCUGGUGUGAGACAAGAUAAUUGUGUGUGUCACAAUGACAGCAGUGUUGGUUACUGGAGAGGUAAAGAUUGCGCAGUAUGUCAAGAGGGCUGGGACCAACCUGAAUGCACAAGCUGUGAUCUAACGCAUGUUGGAGAGAGUUGUGAUAUUUUAUGUUACACUGAGCAUGCGCAAUACGAAGAUCCGAGAGAUGCAGGCUCUGAAAAGUUAUCCGUAAUACCUAUAUUAAGUUGCAUCAUCAGCCAAUCCCAUGAUUAUAAUUUGGCUUGGUUUGGCUACCACAAUAAAAAUCCUCAUAAUGUAUACCUCGAUCCAGGACCUCUCAACUUCUUCAGCGCCCCCACGCCAUCUAUAGAGCCAGGGGGAGAGUUAGGAUUUCUGGAAAUUUCGUCACGCACCACAGAGCACACGAACCCAGUCAUUGAGCAAGACCUUGGACAGCCAGGAAAGUUUCUACCUGGGGUGUACAAGAAUGUUUUUGCAGUGAAGUAAGUUUUGGUCUGAUAAGAAUAGUGUAUGUUGUGAAAGCGCUUUUUUAUAGCCUGGUCAGGGACUGCAGAAUUACGCAAUAUGUUGUCGAGCACUUGAUUGUGAAAACCUAACGAUAAACGAUGCUCACUUGCUUUCGAAUAUUGCAUAAUUUGCAUCGUUUUCUAAAGAGUACCCGCAGAAGAGGCUAGGUUCUCCAUAGAAAACAGUCUGUAUUGUCUAAUUCUCGUAGAUAUUUUUGGGUGUUUACGAUGCCCAGCAUAAUGUACGUACAGUCAUAAUGUGCGUUAUCUCAUUUGUGAUGGCUCUUUUACGUUCAUCUUGCCGGGUAUUGAUUUUCAUCAUACGAUUUCAAGGUAUAUUAGAGGAUAUAGUUCGCUCGCAACUGCUUAUUUGGGAAAAUGCAUUCCGAGGCACGCUAUAUUUUUCCUUGCUUUUUUAACCAAUAAUAAUAGUGAAAUAAUUACCAAUGUUACUUAAUAUGUAAGUUGUUUCUUGUUAUCAUAAAAAAAUCAAAACAUUCUUCUUAGAACGUACUUCUGACAGUAAUAGAACAUUAAUUAAUCUUUAUAAUAAUUGAGAAAUUCUAUAUCAAAAUGUUAGAUAAAUCUAAUUUCUUAAUCGACAUCUUAUAAUUCUUCUUUUAAUUAUAAUAUAAUUAUUGCUAAAUUAAGGGCCUUCAACCAAAAGCCUGAAAGGGUUUCUUCAAGGUCCCUAGCCCAAACAAAUUAAUCAUAAUAAUAAUAAUAAUAAUAAUAAUAAUAAUAAUAAUAAUAAUAAUAAUAAUAAUAAUAAUAAUAAUAAUAAUAAUAAUAAUCAUUACAGGUUCAAGAAGACAGUUCCUGUGGUGUGGGUAUUAGAGUAUCCAGUUUCUAACACAAGACAUUUUGUUGAAUAUGAUCCCAGUAAUGUACAAUAUCCAACGUGUUCUGGAAUUGAAAACUCAACACAAAUAGUAAGUCAUUCCAUAACAUUUAUUUAUUUUCAUGAAAGACACAUUUAAUUAUAAAUAAACAUAUUAGAAGUAAAUGUUUGGAAUGCUACUAACAACGUGACAAAAAUAAUAUGAGCUAAAGUUGCUGUGAGCAACUAUCGCUGUGAGCUAAAGUUGGAACACUAUGUACCCUCACAAUGAGUUAUUGCACUCACGAGAACAUUAGAGAUGUUCAGGUUUGACUAGCGCUACCAUUAAUGGUCUAUUAACCAAUCAGAUGCGUUUCGAUAUAUCCGAUUAACCAGUCAGAUGCGCCCUAAGCAAGUGAGAAGUAGCGAUAACGGUAGUGAAAGUCAAAUAUGAACUUCUCUAUUCUGUAUGUUUAAGUGUUGAUUUAUAUUUUAAAAUGCGCAAAUGAAUAAAAAAGUAAACGGUCGAGCAGGGUCAAAUCUCGAGUCUACCUAAGAUGAAGUAUGCCUACUUUUUUAUUAAUAGGAGAUCAAACAGUGUUUAUGCCGUAAUGGUUUCUGGGAUAGCAGUUGUGACAAAGAGUGUCCAGGUGGAGCCUCGUCUCCAUGCAAUGGUCACGGGGUCUGCAACAAAACAACUGGAAUAUGUGUCUGCGAACCUAGAUGGCGCGGAAACUUGAAUUGCUCUGGUUGCAGCCCUGGGUGGACUGGUGACGAUUGUUCAGUUAUCAUCACCAGGACUUCUAACCUCAGCGCGGUCUGCACAGGCUAUGGAGAUGUUAUAACACUUGACGGAGUUGGCUAUAGUGUUGAGGGAACUGGCGAGUAUAUCAUGUUUUCCUCAAAUGAUCUGGAAGUUCAAAUCAACAUCGUUCCCUGCUAUCAAUCUGAAAGGUGUAUCAACGCUGUUGCCAUGGCAACAAUGACGUCAGUGAUAACGAUUCACGCACCAUACCAAAAUGGUGGUGACUCCACGUUAUGGAUUGACAAAGUGCAGUCAUUCUCUCUCAAAACGUUGUUUAAUUCAGAUCAAAAUACUUUCACCCUGGAAAGAUCGUCCUGGGGAAGUUUCAAGUUCUAUUCUGAGGACCUACUUCUGGAUAUCAGAAUAUUUGAACGCUAUAUUGACCUUGCUUUCAUUUUAACCAACGCAAAAUUGUGCUCACGCAGUAAAGGAUUAUGGGGUAGUUGUGAUAGUAACACCAUUAACGAUUUCAUCCCUAGAAACAGUUUCAAUAUUUCCCAAAAUUUCUCAACUAUCCACGAAAUCUCUCAAAGUUUCAUUAACACGUUUGUACGUUCUUGGAAAGUAUUGGGUAAUUCAGUCUCUCUUUUUAUAUUUAACACUGGUGGAGUAAACGAACCUCGUUUUAAAACUGAUGCAUUGUACUGUCUUCGUUUCAAAGAUACAGGCAUUACAUCUAGAAACUUGUUUGUUUUGGCUGGUGGGGAUAUUACCAUAGAAAUGAUGGUAAAAUCUGAUGGUAUUGAUGGUACCCUAUUCUCGUAUGCCACCACUUCGACUCUCGCUAUAGUUGUCAAAACAACAGUAAGGAUAGCUUAUGGUUCCCAAGAGUUUGAUACUUUCUUAAACCUGCAACAAAACCGUUGGAAUCUGAUCUCCUUGAUUUGGCUUAAGAGAAACCGGAUUAUCCAGUUUGUCCUUAUCGACGACUCGGAGAAAACACAGGUUAGGAAUUUCCCAGUUAACAGCGACCAAGAUAUCUUAGCACCUGGCGGAACAUUAACCCUCGGAUAUUGGUAUCCUUCGGGAGGGGCGUCAGGAAGUACGACACCAGGAGGUUUUACUGGAGAGGUAGACGAAGUUCGUAUAUGGAACAAGCGAAGGUUAGUUACAGAGAUAGUAAGUUCGCGACUAACAGUUUUAGAUUGUACAUCGAAGGAUCUUGCAAGUUUGUGGCGGUUUAACGAAGGUCAAGGUAACCUGGCAACAGACUGCGUAGCAGGAGUUCGCUUCCAGUUCCCUGUGCAAGCGCAAGGACCAAUUUGGGUUUACUCCAGUGCAAAUUUGGAGCUGCGAAGUAUUAUUAAUAAAGGCAACCUAACGUUGAAUGAAAAGUUAUCAGUGGAAACAGUAUGUAAGGAAGAAAUAUUUGGCGCGAGUUAUGGAAAACAAUGCAAUGUUUUGGACUCUAACGUAAAAAUAUUCUAUACCAUGGCAUGUUAUAAACUUGUUUUGGCCAGUGGAGAAAUUACGGAGCGAGUUUGGAGCGUUUUUACAUAUAUAGAUUAUUGUAAAGUGAGCCUCGGUGUAGAUCAAUGGCCUGGAGAUAAAUACUGUGAUCAAUUGGAAAAAAUACAACUACCGAAUUGGGUAAGCUUACAAUGUCAAAUGCACUGUAAGUUUGGAAGUACGCUUGGAAAUGGCGACUGUCAAUGUGAACCCGGCUUCUAUGGCAAAAUGUGUGACCAAGAAUGCCCUGGAGGUUAUGCCACCCCGUGUGGAGGAUUUAGCGAGUGUAAAAAACUUUCAGGUACGUGUACAUGUCCAUUAAAUGCAAACCUCAGUAGUGACUGCCGGAGCUGUUCACCUGGGUGGACUGGGGAGAAAUGUUCUAUUGCGAUAACUAACAAUGCGAGAAGCCUGGAAACGACUCCUGUGUGUCAGAGUUACGGUGGGGGACACUUUACGACGUUUGAUGGAAGUAGCUACGACGUCAAAACCUCCGGGGAGUUUUAUUUAAUAAGAUCAACCAACUUCAUCGCACAGAUCCGGCACGAACCUUGCAUGAACUCGAGCAGUUGUGUAACUGCCAUUGCAUUGCGUCUUGGGAAAGUGAACCUCACGUUACGUGCGUCAUACGAAGAGCAAGGAAAACCAUUGCUGUACAUUGAUCAAUACAAAACAGACUACACAGUACGGCGGUACGUUGAGGGAGGUUAUGAGUUCAGGCAGGAACAACUUGGAUUAUUCAGAAUCAGACGUGGAAGGGAGCGCGUGCUUGAAGUCAGAGCACAAGACAAGUACUUGAGCUUUAGUUUAUUUAGUGAUGUCAAAACAUGUUGGAAUAUUUCUGGUUUGUGUUCGUCUUGUGACAACAACACUGCGAACGAUUUUGAAUCAACAUUACGUAGAAGAAAGAGGUCAAUAGACAAUCCAAGACAAAGCGUUUCUACCUUUGUAGAAAAUUGGAGCGUGCUUCCACCGAAUUCAAUGUUUGUUUACAAAGAAAGAGAACAACGUGAAAUGUCGUCAUCAGAGUAUUGUCUGCAAUAUAACGGAACAGCGGUUGACACACGUGCAAUAUACGGGUCAUUUACAACUAGUGAGAAUGCAACAUUUGAGUUCUUUGUUAAGAUCGAAAAGCAUGGUGGGACGAUUUUGUCAUAUGCUUCAGUAAAUACAUUCGGGAUUAUUAAUGAUGCCACGAUAAAGAUUCAGUUUUCAAGUGAUGUUAUGGACACUGGGAUACGGUUGACUGCUGGACAGUGGUAUUGGUUGGCAAUAACAUUCAGCAGGCGUACUAGGAUCAUGCGUGUGUAUUGUUUAGAUGCUGGUGGUUUAAUACGCCAGCGGACAAUGCUUGUACCGUAUGUCUUGUACACAAGUGGUGGAGUACUAUCUGUAGGACAUUGGCAAACCACAGGCAAUGGUUCUACUGAUGUUAAUAGAAAACCUUUCUUUGGCUACAUUGAUGAAAUCAGGAUCUGGGAUAUUACUAUUGAGGCCGCAGCUGUGAAGCAAAGUCGAGAGCGUCUUAUUAAGUAUCAAGCUACUGGUUUAGUCUCGCUGUGGUUGUUUGAUGAAGGUGAAGGAACGAUUGCGCAUGACAUAAUAGGUGGCAACGACUUACGGUUGCCAGUUGAACCGACGGCUCGUCCGCGUUGGGUGUUCAGUUACGCCCGUACAAGUCCACCUGUAGUUUCCUACGACAAUAUACUCUGGAGCAAUAUAACAUUGAAAACAGAAGCAGAAAAUCUUUGUAAGAAGUUUAUAAUAGAUACUUUGUAUAAUGGCGAGUGUGGGAAUGUAUUGGGGUUAGCGCACGCGCAAUAUUAUUACACCCGGUGUUCGGAUGAUGUAAAAGCUUCUGGCGUGGUGACGUCAGCAUUUCAGUCUAUCGUUAGCUACGCAGAUUAUUGUCGAAACAUCCUGGAACUAGAGACGUGGCCUCUUGACCGUUACUGUAAUGAAAUACCAAAGGAGUAUGUGGGUGUUGUGAAAGGUCCGCAUUGUAAUGUCACGUGUUUGUUUGGUGAAGUCACGUUUGAUGGUUGUGUAUGUUAUACUGGAUAUUGGGGCGAGAAUUGCUCCACUGUGUGUCCGGUGGGUGCGAUCACUCCUUGUAAUGGCAGGGGAGUAUGUAAUUCAAAUACUGGGAAAUGUACAUGCGAUUACAACUGGCAGGGUAAUGAGAACUGUACGACGUGCACCCCCGGUUGGGACGGAAAAGAGUGUAGUGUAGCGUUAGCAACUCAUGGAAACGCGUCAUCUGCUGGGUUAACUGGCGGACAUUAUCAAACAUUCGACGGAAUAAGGUUUACAUUCUUCGCCACUGGGGAAUUCAAAGUAGUACAGAGCACGGAAAUUGUCGUACAUCUUCGUCAAGUUCCGUGUCGUAACGGACGUUUCCGAUGUAUUGAUGGUCUUGCGUUCUUACUGGAGAGCAAAAUGGAGUUGAUAAUACUAGCCUCAGUCCCUGGAACAGGUAACACAUUAUUACUAGAGGUGUGCAUCGGAUCGGAUUAGACGUUUAUAAUCCGACAAUUGCCUAAUGUCUAAAAUCCGAUCCGAAAUUGUCUAAUCCGAAUCCGAUCCGAGUUUGUUUUGAUAAAGAAUUCCAAUCCGAUCCGAUGAAUUCUUUAAUAAAAUAAAUUUGUCAUUCAAGUUGAAAUAUUUAACCAAAUAAAUAUAAAAGCAAGAAAUACAUGUCAAGAAGCUGACAAAGUGACGUCCACUGUGAAGUAUCAAACGAAUAAUGCAGCGACAACGGCGAUAAUGCUUUGAUAAAUGCAUGGAUAAUUAAUUCUUGCGAUAAUGCGUGGAUAAUUAAUUCAUUUUAUUUCGGAUAUCGAGGUCCGAUCCGAAUACUAAACAACUGUAUCCAUCCGAUCCGAUAUGAAUAUUUUGGUUCCGAAAUCCGAACGAAUCCGAUCGGAUUUGCACACCUCUAAUUAUUACUAAAGUGAGGGUUCUAGAAUAACUAAUAGGUUAAAAAUGCCAUCUUAAUUAAACGUGUUCCAACGUAGGGUCGGUUAUUUAAAACGUGUAACUACUUUUUAACUAACCGCUUGGUAGUUAAAUCUGAAAUACACAAUUGUGAUUGGUUGGUUUUCGCGCUAACUUGUUAUACAGUUAACUUGAAUACUUCUCAUACAACCUGCCUCAGGAGUGAAUGUGUAAAAAGUGAUGUUUCAGUUGAUGUGAAUGUACGCUAUGCAAACAGGAAUAAGAUAUUAUUUAGCCAAUAGCAGGAAGAAUAGUAAAUAGUGCUGCAAACUUAAUAACACUGUAUUUUUCUUUCAAAUACUCGUCUACAGAACAUCCUGUAUUUUGGCUAAACAAGAAGAGGCUUGAACUCAACGAAAUUGUCACUUCAAUUGAAGAUAAGUUUACUUUGGUUCAAACUACAUCAGUGACUUUGGAGUUACGAUCACAACUUUACGAAGUCGUGAUAAGAAUAAGAUUCACAGAGAGCGGACUGCAGUAUAUCAUCGUUGCUCCGAAGGAGGUAUGCGGGAAUUCGGUGGCAUUAGGUGGAAGCUGUGACGGUUUACGCAAUAAUGAUCAUAUUGGCACCUCAGGAACACCCUUGGAAAACCUUUUCCGAGUUCUUCCUGCGCAAAGUCUGUUCUCAGCUGCGAUUGGUUACAAAGAUUUCUCAAAUGUCUUAACUGGUGCAGAAUAUGCUUUGAAGUUUACCGGCGUGGGGAUAACAACGGAUAUAAUUGGUGAAGUCUUUACCGAAAGUUAUGUGACUGUGGAGUUGCUUUAUUUAAGUUUUGAUGGAAGUGGAACAUUGUUUACUUACAGCAAAGAAAAUAUUUUCUCUAUUGUUUUGUCCAAUGGAGAGUUUUGCUUAAGAAUGAACGAUAUGGUUAAUCACACAGGUUAGUGGGGUUUUUUUUCAUUUAGUACCAAUGCGUAUUUAAAAUAUCGAUUAUCAUGUCAUCUUUGAAAGAAAAAGGUAGGGAACGUUACGAUACACUCUAUAGGAUUCUCUACAUCAGGAUUCAAUCUUGACUUGUAACAUUCAUACACGCUAAAGACACGAAUUUCGACCACGUUCAUUUUUCAAAACAACUUUAUAGGUAAUACUGUGUAUUAGUAGCCAACUUACUACCUUCCAGACGAAGAGCCUUCAAUCGAUACAUGAAAAUGUUUUCAGGUAGAUACAUCCACAAAGAGAAUAAACGCGCUGUUUCUCAUAUGUGAUGGUCUUACUUGUUAUACAUAUCCCUUUGGUAGACUUCACAAAGUUUUUUCAAAUUAUUUAGGAAUAAAGACAUCUCUGAACGUGUGGAAUCAGAUCUCUAUUGUGUACAAUCGUGCAUUUGGACGUGUGUUUUUCCACCACAUAAACAGCCAAGGACACGUGACUGUAAAGUCGAUAUAUACGCACAGCAAUAUGUUUGCCGCCGGAAGUAAAAUUGCUAUUGGACAAUGGAUUCCAGGAGGAAGUGUAGUUGUGACUAGGUCACCAGGUUUCCGGGGAAAGAUAGACGAGGUUCGUAUCUGGAACAGGCAGUUCUCUGGAGCAGAUAUCAGAUCUUUUUGGAGAGUGAACGUUCAAUAUUCUGCAAAAUAUCUGGCGGUCUUAUGGAAAUUCAACGAAGGACAAGGUAUCGUGGUAAAAGACAUUAAAUCUCAUGUUCACUUGUAUAUUCAAGAAGUCCAGCAAAGCGUUGAGUGGGUGUAUAGUACGGCUCUGGUGACUAUAUUACCAACAGUGACUCCUGUUGCUACCAAGGAAAUGGUAGAGUGGUGCACAGGGCAUAUUCUAAACUCCCCGGUCGGUCGGAUUUGCCGAGGACUUGGAGCUCCGAGUCGAACUGUCUACUAUCGCGCAUGCUUAGAGGUGACGUCAGUGAGUGGUGACGUCAUACCAGGUGUAACUAUUGUUGUUGCUUAUUCAGAUUAUUGUCAAGUUUCUCUGGGUCUAAUCACAUGGCCUGCACGCACACUUUGUAAUUACCCAUCAUUCCUUGCCUCACCACAUAUUCCAUGGACUGGGUCUGUUUGUCAACAGGCUUGUUACUUUGCUACAAGAACGGCAUACCGCUGCACAUGUUUACCAGGUUUCUACGGCUCAAGUUGUUCUAGUGUUUGCCCCGGUGGUAUCACAAGUCGUUGCUAUGGAAAUGGCGCGUGCUCUCAAACAACGGGCCGCUGUACAUGUAACUAUAAUUGGUAUGGAUCAUCUUGUAAUCGCUGUAAACCUGGCUACUACGGAAUCGACUGUUCGUUAAACAUCAGAGGCUUUAUAGCCACAGGGAGUAAGACCUCGAUAUCUUUGUCAGGAAAUGGAAAUUUCAUUGGUUUGAGUGGAGCUGCUUGGGUUUAUCGUGGUUCUGGCGAAUUCAACGCGAUUGUAUCUGGAAGACUAGGUAUUAAUGUUCAACUUCGGCAAGUAAUGUAUGGUACAGGUGUAAGAGUUCGCUGUGUUGUAGUUCAAACUGCGGUAGGAGUACUGGCCAUUCAUAGUGGAGUACAGACAGGAGUUACAAUUACUCUCAAUGGAAAGCCCAUAGAUUACAACAAACACUUUUCAAUUGGAUCCGGCUUUGUUUACCGCAAACGUUCUCACAAUAAACUGGAAAUCAGCGGACCUGAAGGCUUCACUAUGCUGCUCUACUAUAGACAAGUUUACUUUGGUGUUCAAAUUACUAUGGAUAAAUCAUUCUGUCGCGAUACUUGUGGAUUGUUUGGAAAUUGUGGGAACUCAAAAAAUCUUAAUUGUACAUCAGCUGGGCUUCUGGAACGCUUUAACAAGUCAACGAUACGUCAACAGGAUGUUGAUGAGUUUAUCAACACGUGGUCAAUUCCUAGAAAUGAAAGUCAGUUCCGAGACGUUCUAGCGGUUGCUGACGAGACCAACAUAAUUACAGCAGCUGGCACGUGCUUGUUCUUUUCCAAGAAUUCUCUCAUUACGCCGCCAUUUGUGGACGUGUUUCAUGGAAAUUAUCUGACCAUUCAAUUUCAUCUUAAAGUUAAAGAACUCCAUACUGAUGGGACAAUCUUUUCGUUCGUCUUGAAUACAAACUUCGCUUUCAGAAUAAACGGGACUUUACAAAUUCAUUUUGGAGUAAAGAUUUACGAUACCAAUAUCUUUCCAGAACUGGACAAUUGGAAUCAUAUCACGUUUGUUUAUCAUCGUGUUGUUGGAAUACUUGAGGUGUAUGUUAGAAAUUCUGUGAAGAUAUUGGUAACGAGAGCGAUAAAUAUUGGGACGGGAGCUUUUGAACCCGGGGGUAAGCUUGCACUCGGUCUUUGGCAGGCUACAACCGGGGUGAUCACCUCCCCCGGAGGGUUUGUUGGCUGGAUUGAUGAACUAGUGGUCUGGAAUAAACGUUUUGAUUCCGCCUUGAUCGACAACUAUGUUGGUGUUAGUAUUGUGCAAGGUAUCGAGGGUGUUGUAGGGUUAUGGAAGUUCAAUGAAGGAACGGGAUGGAUUGCAAGAGAUCUAGUGGGAUCCCUGCAUUUUAAUCUCCCCGGACCUCCGUGGAAUUCACCCGUAUGGGUGCCAUCUGAUCUCUUCAUUACUGUACAAUCUGAAGUGACAUCUACACCAGUGACAUCAGACAAUGAAACAGUGUCACUUUGUGGGAAGAUUUUUAGUUCGAAGUCAUUGAAUGAUUCUUGUGGGCAAAUGGAUGGAAGAAAAGACUUUUCAUACAAAGCAUGUUUGCAAGAUGUCCAGUCAAGUGGUUCCAUUGACACUGGAAAGGACUCUGUGAUGUCUUAUGCUAGGGAAUGUCAGGUCGCGCGAAAUCUCACCAACCUCCCUGGAAACGACUUGUGUGACGUCUUCACUGACGAGCGUUACGACGACUUGUCAGGAACUGCGUGUGAUAUUAUAUGCAUUUACGGCACCAUCGAGAACAAUACUUGCCGUUGUGAUGAAGGAUAUUGGGGAGUCAUGUGUUCACAAGAAUGUCCGGGGAGUGCGUCCAAUCCUUGUAACAAACGCGGAAAAUGUGACGUCAUUACUGGCAUAUGCACAUGCGACUGGAAAUGGCGUGGUGAUUCUGGUUGUAACAGGUGUACUCUGAGGUGGGUGGGAAGUGAGUGCGCAAUAGCUGUACCCAAGUCACUUCAACCAACAACCUCGGUUACUGCCGCGGCAGGAUCGGGUGGAAUUCUAAUUGCAGGGGAUGGGACAAUAUUCCGCCUGAACAACGUCGGGGAGUUUACGAUUUUGAAAGGAGAAAAUGUUGAUGCUCAAGUACGUCAAGUGCCGUGUCGUAAUGGAAAAUCUUUAUGUUUUAAUGCUGUGGGAGUGUCGGUGAACUCUACCAGUAUAAGUGUUCAUGCCCCGUAUGGAAAUGGAGAAGAUCCUGUUAUCAAUAUUAAUGGGACAGUUAUAGAUAAAAAUGAUAUAAGUGACGCAGGUUUGACCGGAGUUAAUAUCACUUUCCCAGGUCCAGAUGAAGUACAAGUUAAUUAUGGAGAUAAGCUGGGAAUUCGAGUAAACAUCAAUGGACAGCACAUGACUUUAGAAACAACAAUCUCGACUGCAUUGAGCGAGAAACUUGGCGGGCUUCUUGGCUCAACAUCUCGCAAUACUACUACGUCUUCAAGUAAUACAUCCGUACCUUCUUUAAAAGAUUUACUUAAUGCGACUGAUAUCAACGAAGCUGUUCGUAAAGUGUUUGGGGUAUCUCCCUCAUCAUCUCGGGUGAUCAUAUUAGACAAGAAACGACACGAGACUGUUGUAGUUUACGCUGGAGGUUACUCCCUGUUUUUCAAAUUCACUGCAAUAUUUUCAAAACCGGUUGUACACCUAUUUAUUGAAGAUGUGAUUACGUUUGAAAUCAUGGUAAAAAUAAAUUGUGCGCCUGCAAUCUGUGGAGGACCCAUCUUGUCGUACACUUCAUCUCAGAUGUUUUACAUAUCGACUUAUUCCACCCUGAGAGUGAUCGUCGGGACCCAGGUCUAUGAUACAGGUUUGCGGGUUGAAGUAAAGCACUGGAACCAAGUGACAAUGACAUUCUGGAGUUUGAAACUUGAAAUGGCAAUUUGCCUUACAUUAUCGCAGGGUACAUUGCUCUGUAAGUCUUUCAAAGUCAUCACAAAUCCUUUCUUGGCCGGAGGAACUAUUGCUAUCGGCGCAUGGCAACCUUCGCCUAGCGGUCAGCGUGGAGUCAUGCCUACUACGACCUUCGUUGGAGAAAUUGAUGAAUUUCGAACUUGGAACCGCGCAUUUGAUUAUGCAUUACUACAACAACAUUGGUUAGUGAAUCUAGCGCCUGAUAUUGAUGGUCUGACUGGGUUGUGGAAAUUCAAUGAAGGAGUAGGAAGUGUAGUUAGUGAUCUUUUGGGAAACAAUCAUCUGUAUUUCCCUGGUGAGCCGUGGAAUAAACCUGUAUGGUACUACUCAGAUCUACCGAUCCCUUAUAUGGGCAUUUCCAGGUCUAGUUUGGACAAUAGUAUUAUCAACCAGCUGGCGAAUACGUCGUGUUCCGGAGUCUUCCGAAGAGGUCCUUUGCUGAAUUAUUGCUCUAGAUUACCUUCUAUAAUACGUGGACAGUAUUAUGAUUUGUGUGUUGAAUCAGUAACUGAUACAGGACGAAAUACCAGCAGUUUAGAAAGUGUCUUGCUAUACUCAGACUAUUGCAUGAAAACAUUGAAUCUUCACCUUUGGCCAGCACAGUCUUUAUGUAACAAAUUCCCUGGAGAGGUGUUUCCAAAAUGGAUUGGUAAAAACUGUGACAUUCCUUGUGUAUUUGGCAUGAAAGAUAAGGAUAAUCCGGAAAAAUGUAAAUGCAACUUUGGUUACUGGGGAGUGGCAUGUGAUCAAACUUGCCCGGGCGGAACUAAGUCCCCAUGUACGAACCAUGGCACCUGUGAUCCAAUCUUCGGUAAAUGCUUAUGCGAGUUGGAGUGGACUGGUACCGACGACUGCUCCACCUGCGCCGCUGAGUGGACUGGGAGCGAUUGUUCAUUUGCCAUAUCAAAGGUGACUAUAAUUAGUGGUGGUAUUCGAUUCUCUGGUAUGUUUGGUUUGUCAUUAUUUACAACUCUCGAUGGUCACAGCUUUACUUUGAGCGUUAUAGGAGAAUAUUACCUUUUCUAUUCCGUACAUGUGCAUUUCUCAGUUCAAAUUCGCCUUGUACACUGCUACGGUAUUUCAUCCUGCGUCAAUUCAAUCGCUUUCCGUACAGCUAGCCACACUUUAGUUCUACAUGGUCCUUAUACAACCAAUCGCUAUCCAGUUAUAUGGCUUGAUGGCUCCCUUAUCGAUUUAGACCUCCAUCACGUGACAACCUCAGUGUAUGGCUUCUCUCUUCUGAAAGAAUCGACAUCCGUAUAUAUCUUCGAGUAUUCUACAUUCAAAAUAUCCAUCCGAGUGCGAGGUCGGUACCUCAAUCUGGUAUCAAAGGUUUCAGGUGCAAUCUGUGAUAAUUCUUAUGGUAUACUGGGAUCAUGUAAUAGUCCAUUCCUGGCUAGUCUGGAUCCUGGUUUCCCACUCACUAACUGCACGGAUAAAAACGACACCUCUGUAAGGGAAAGUCUUACCGCCAAUGUGUAUGACAUGAAGAAUGUGACUUCCGAGGCAAUCCGAAAACUGGUACGAAAUCUCAAAGUUUAUGCGUGUGACAGUCUCUUCGUGUAUCGUUACGAGUCAUACCACGAAUAUCGAAACUCUAAUGCAGGAUACGCGUUACACUUCCAUCAAACAGCUAUUGUCUCGGGAUUAAUACAGCAACCUUUUGAGCACAAUGAUAUCACCAUAGAGUUUUAUAUCAAACUCAGCAGCAUUGGUGUGAUUUUCAGUUACACAAAGUUCAAAACAUUCGUUCUCACUGCCACUUCAACUCAUUGCACUAUAUAUUUUGGAGAGAGGAAAUUCGUUACUAAUAUUGCAGUACAGCUAAACCAUUGGAAUCAAAUUGCAUUCGUGUUUAGGAAACUAACGUCAGUUUUACAAAUUUACCAUUUCGACUACCAAGGACAACUUACAAGACAGGAUUUGGUUAUAGGUGAGGACAUUUUCCCACCCGGAGGGGUGUUAGCUAUAGGAGCUUGGCAGCCCUCUGUGGAUGGAUCUGGGCCACAACUCCGAGAUUACUUUACCGGGUAUGUAGAUGAAUUUAAAAUCUGGACAAUGGCUUAUCACCCUGCUGUAGUUAGCCAGACUUGGUUGAGAAAUGUGGGUAUAAAUACAAAGAACUUGGCACGACUAUGGAAACUUGAUGAAGGUGAAUAUCUUAUUGCAAGAGAAGAUAUAACAGAAAGUGUACUGAGUUUAGAAACAUCUCCAUGGCGAAGUCCCACUUGGGCUUACUCACAAAUUGAACUUAAACCUGCAUUACCUGGGACAGCAAGUACAACUCGUCCUUUCAACGAAACAUUUGGAGAGAUAGCCAAGUCAUUCUGUACCGAGAUUAUUCUUGAAGGUCCUUUGAAAUCAUCAUGUAAAUUUAUGGGACCAGCAGUAUCAACGUAUUACUUCAAGGCUUGCGUGAGUGUUGUUAUGAGAACAAACGAUGUUGCAGCAUCGCUGGACAUAGUAAUCGCAUACUCCGAUUAUUGUCAAUCUAUUCUCGAGUUGUCCACGUGGCCCGCGCGAAUGCUGUGUAAUAAAUUCCCUGGGAAGGAGUUUCCGAUAUGGUACGGAAGUCGGUGUGAUAAAAAGUAAGUUCUGACUUAAACAUUGUGGUGUCUUCCCGAUUUUAAGUUCUUUGAAUGUUUGCAUGGCGAUAAAAUAUAAUUGUUUUUGUUUGUGGAAACACCACGUAAAUUUAUUACUGCAAAGCUUUCGAUCCGUAAGCCCGGAUCUUCAUCAGUGCUAAUAAUAUGUGACUUGUUUAAUUCACACGCUCCUUUUAUAUACAAAAGUGUCGUGUUCUUCCCGAUUUUACCGAAAUGUAGCGCAAGUAUGUUAAAAUUAGCUGCAACUCGUAUUCUUUAGCGAGCUGGUAACACAGUGGUUUGUACUUGUGCCUUUCACCUCUAUGACCAGAGUUUGAUUCGUGCAAUAUCCAGUUGUCUGAUUAUAAUUCUAAGGCCGUUUUCCACUUCACCCGUAUCGUAACAUAACGUACCGGUGUGCAUGCGCAGCUUGAAGAUGGUUUUCAAAUUUACGUACUUCCGGUUGAUUCGCGUAUUAAAAUAAAAGUUCGUCGCAAGUCAACUUUUUAGCGUACUGCAGAAGUAUUACCAAUCAACAUUCACUAAAUUUUGAAAUUUAAAAUUUGUUUUGAUACGUUUCGGUGCGUUGCGCUUGAAGUGGAAAACGGCCUUUACAUUAAUGCUGUGCGAAGCUUUCCGCUUCACUCUGUCAUAAACGGCAGAUUUACUCGAGGAAAUCCAAUCUUCCUACAUCAAAACUGGCCAAUUAACCGAAGUCACAGAAGGCAAGGUGAUUACAAUCCUACAGUCACUGAAUCAAAGAUGAAGUGACCAUAGGCUUGUAAUAAAAAACUUAUUGAAACAAAACAAAAGCGAAAAAUUUGGUGACAACAGUAUUUUGGAAAGGUUCAAAUACACAAUAAAAUGGCUCUAAAAGUAUAUCACAACAAAAUCUUCGCUGAACAUGACAAUAUAAAUGAAAGGAAACGAAGAUUUACGAACGAAAAACAAAAGUGGCUGGGUUGUGCGGAAUAAAAUUCACAUGUCAAUUUCAGCAGCAAAAAUACCCUGGUUCCAGAGCCUCUUAAGAACGGCGAGGCAAAAUAAAUACGAGAUGAAAGAGCCUCUGGUCAAAUCGAUUGCGAAUCUCACUUCCAUACCUAAUUAAGUUCAGGACUUGAACCUCGCAUGUGAUUAGCUGUUUGUAAAAACAUGUCAAACCGGUUUGGAAAAUAACCAAAUUAAUAUUAAACUAAUUACAGCCUGCUAAAUGUAGCAAUGAUUUUAAUACUGUAUAUUAGUAUAAUUACAUAGGUGAUUAUUGAAAAUUCUCCACGCUGAUUGGUUGCCGUUGAGGUGAUUAUUACGCGAUAAUCACCUAAGCGAUUUUCAAAAUGGCGGCCGAAGCCGUUUUGUCAAUUAAAUGACGAAGAAAUGUGCAUUUUUAAAUUUCUUUCCAAAUAAUCACCUAUGAAAUUAUACUAAAACAAUUAUUCACCUCAGGCUCGGUGAUUAUCGUGAAUAAAAACCUCGACUUCGUCUCGGUUUUUAUUUACCGAUAAUCACCUCGCCUUCGGCGAAUAAUUGUUAAUUAAUAUACAAACCGGUUUGACAUGUUUUUACAAACAGCCAAUCACAUGCGAGGUUCAGAUUCUGGACCUGAUCAAGUAUGGAAGUGAGAUUCGCAAUCGAUUUGACCAGAGGCUCGUUCGCCUCGUAUUUAUUUUGCCUCGCCGUUAUUUUGCCUCGCCGUUCUUUAACAGCCUCUGGAACCAGGGUGAGCAAACACCCGAAUGUGGUAAGUGGCCUUAGAUUAUCAGAAUUUAGAACUACUACUUCUGGAAAUUUUGGUAAAUGAAAGCGAUUGAUUGGUUUUAAAAUUAUUAACUCAAAUAUUCUUACUUUAAAGGUGUUAUAACCGAGACUAUAAAGCAUCAGCUGUCGAAUGUAUCUGUCGACGAGGUUACUGGGGCUCAGAGUGCCAGAACAUAUGUCGCGGAGGAACAUUGCAGCCUUGUAAUGACCAUGGAAUUUGCACCCCAACUACAGGAGAAUGCCGUUGCUAUGAUAACUGGAGUGGAUCACGUGAUUGCGGUUUAUGCGCAAGGAAUUGGAAAGGAGUCGAUUGUUCAUUGGCUGUUGUUAGACAUAGAUCAUCAGUCCAUGCGCAUAUAUUUGCUGUUGUUGACAUCACAGCUCACUAUGUGACAUUUGAUGGUAUGGCAUUCCAUCUUGCUGUGGUUGGAGAUUAUUAUCUAUUCAGAACACGUCUGUAUAUAGCUGAUUACGUCACAGUUCAAGUCCGUCAUGCACCUUGCGUAUCACAAAGUGUAUGUAUCGUAGCAGUAGCAAUCAAACUGUCGAGCACACAUCUUGUCAUUCAUGCACCAAAAACAAACCAAGAUCAACCUUUAAUUUGGAUUAACAAUAAGCAAGAAACCAUCACUCAGACUCGGUUUGGAACGGGCAAUGCUGAAUUAGUGAUAACCAUGGAUGCUCCUUCUAUAUACACCAUAAAACACAAGGAUGUGUUUUAUUUAGGAAUUCAUGUCAUUGGUAAUGCUCUUUCAUUGAAUGUAGAUCUUAACAAGUCUAACUGUAGUGCGCAUGGAAUCCUGGGUAACUGUGACGGUGACCCUGAGAAUGACUUGCCUCUUGGAAACGCAAGUGUUGUCCUUGGCAACCAAAGUAUUGCUAUUGGUAACGUAAGUCAAGGAGUGUUAAACAACGAUUUGGUAAAAUGUUACGAAGUUGAUAUUAAGGACAGUUUAUUUGUUGUUGUCGAUAGUUUAUACUUGAGAAGAAUUUUGUAUAGUGGUGCAAGGUACGCUCUGCAUUUCAACCAAAAUGGAAUAAUUUCACAAGCGUUGUUGAAGACAUUCAAAACUGGUACAGACGUCACAAUAGAACUGCUUUUCAAACCAUUUUCCAAUGGAACUGUAUUGUCUUAUGCUUACUACAAAACGUUUGGAAUAAUAAUACAUAAUACCCUUCAGCUCGAAUUUGGCCGCGCCUGGUCUAAAGACACUGGGAUCUACAUCGAGGUGGACAAUUGGUAUCACCUAUCAAUCACAUGGUAUCAAACUCUUCAGUUCCUUGAAAUAUACUUAAUUACGACAAACGGUGUUAUUCAUCGAAGACAGUUUAACAUCUCGGAGAAUCCAUUCCGACCGGGCGGCUUUCUAACUCUCGGUUAUUGGGAACCUUCACCUGGUGAUACGGAAAUUCGUAUUCGCAAUGGCUUUACCGGAGUAAUCGACGAAUUACGAGUAUGGCAUCGAGUGUUCAACCCUGUAACUAUUCAACAAAACUGGAGAAUGAAUGUACUUCCAAAUACACCAUCUUUAUCUGGACUAUGGAAAUUUAACGAAGGUUCGGGAGAUACUGUUUAUAACCUAGUUACCACCGAACAUUUCUACCUACCAUCAAAAGUAUGGUCCCCGGCGAUAUGGAUUCUCUCUGAUGCAGAUAUUGCAUUGAACUUGAGUAAUGUUAACCAACCUUUCGAGAACCAUUUUCUAAAUCAAACAUUGCAUGAUUCGGCUUUAGAGUGGUGUAAGGCUCUGUUCUACCGCGGACCUGUGGACAACUAUUGCAAAAAUCUUGGAGCAAUUGUGGAGUUUUAUUACUUGACCUGUGUUCAAGCCAUUGCAAGGACCACCCAAUUGACGUCAACGCUAUCUGUUGUAGUUCAGUUCUCGCACUAUUGUCAAAAGUCUUUGUCGUUAUCCAACUGGCCAGCACGAGAGUUGUGUAAUCACUUUGGAGAUACCAAGUUUCCUUACUGGAUUGGUGAGAGAUGUGACGUACCUUGCCUGUUUGGAAACAAAGAUCCUAAGAAUAUGAACAAAUGUCAGUGUUACCAUGGUUAUUGGGGAAUUGACUGCUCAGAAAUAUGUCCAGGUGGGUACAUCAAUCCUUGUCAUGGGCAUGGCGUGUGUAACCCUAGUGAUGGCGUGUGCACUUGUGACGUCAAUUGGAGAGGUGAUGCCAUGUGUUCAGCAUGCAGUUCUGAUUGGUUUGGUGAGCUAUGUCAAUAUGCUGCCACAAAACAUCUCAUAUUUAAAACAUUCUCUAUCGCCUCUAUCAAAGGUCAAGGAUACUUCACAACUUUUCUCGGAAUUUCGUUCUAUCUUCCGAGUUUCGAAGAAUUUUACCUUAUUCGGUCGACAUCGUCGCAAUUUGCCGUCCAACUUCGUCAAACACCGUGUAUGCAUCGUAACUUGUAUCAACCGCUGUGCACGACGGGUAUCUCCAUACGGUUCAACGUUCACCUGACUGUCACGAUCAGAUCACGUGUGACUAACAUAAACAUUUAUUAUCCUCUCGUGUGGACCAAUGGGAAACCUAUUAUAGUUGACCAUGUAACCUACUUCAGUGUAAGCAUACGUAUGACAAGAAUUACACUGAACCGUUACGAAAUAACUGGACCAAAUGGACUGCUAUUUAUACUGACUGUGGGCCAAAGUCUUUCAAUCCAUCUUCGAAUACCAACAUCACUUUGUGAACGUUCUACUGGAAUCCUUGGUCCUUGUGAACAGCGCUUAUCUUACCAAAAUACGACUGAUAUUCAAGUUCUGAAGAAUGCAAUCACAAACGGAACAGUUGGCCAAACAGAGAGCUUAUUUGUCUACAAACAUGAAAAUUUUCAUGAAAUCAGACAUGUUACUGGGGCAUGGUGUAAUCUGCGCAUAAACGAUAGUCAUAUUGUUUCAGACACCUUGUUGCUAGGUAACCAUGACGUUAUCACAAUCGAGAUAUUUGUGAAGGUCAAGAGUUACGGUGGGACGUUAUUAUCGUACGGUAAAGAAGAGUACCUAAGCCUUACAAACGAACGAGAUAUACGUGUGGUGUAUGGGUCGGUGGAGUUCAGAACAGGACUAAGACUUAGUCUGAAUAGUUGGUCACAAAUAACGUUGGUAUGGAUAAAAUCAUCAUUUGUGCUCCAAGUUUAUUAUCAUGAUUAUCUCACGUCGUUUGGAUUGCCUCUUCUAAGAACUUACCAGUUUAAUUCACAGAUAUUCGCGAGUAAAGGUAAGAAUGGCAUUGAACAAAUUUUCAUCUCUUUUCUCUUUUGAGUGCUGGAAUCGACCUCAAAGGCGUACAAAUGUACUCUUAUUACUUUUUGAUUCUUUCCCCUUCCUUAAUCACUUUAUUACCUUUCCCCCUUUCUGCAGGACGUCUUUACAUUGGUUCAUGGCGUGCAGGAGAAACACCAACAGUCGAUGUCCCAAGAGGAGACUUUAGUGGCGACAUAGAUGAAAUUCGUGUCUGGAACAGACGAUCAAUUCCUGAUCUGAUCAAACGUCACUGGAAUAUCAACGCUAAAGCCACACUACCUGGCUUGUUGCAUCUCUGGAAACUUGACCAAGUGCAAGGAUCCAUUGCAGUAGACGUCAUCUCAAGAAAAAAGCUAUAUCUCCCGCUCUUCAAUAAACCUUUCUGGGAUUUCUCAGACCUUCCAAUUCCAAGAAACAGUUUGGAUAACAAAGCAGUAUUCCCGAACUCUACACUCCAAGUCCUUGCUGAAGAAUUUUGUCACUCUGUUAUACUAGCUGGCCCUCUUUACGAUAACUGCCAUGCUCUUGGAACGGCGCUUGCUGGGUUUUAUUACAAGGUGUGUUUACAGGAUGUUGCCUCAAUACAAACCGUUGCUAUAUCAAUAGAGGCAGUGAUUGCAUAUGCCGAUUAUUGCGAGGAUGCCCUGGAUCUAGAUUUCUGGCCUGCUCGUGAGUUAUGCGAUCUUUUCUCCACCAAGUACUUCCCGUAUUGGAUUGGACCUAAAUGUAAUACAUCUUGUAUAUUUGGAAGACCUGGCAUACAGAAUGGAUCCUUAGUCUGCGCCUGCGAAGAUGGAUAUUGGGGAGUAGCGUGCGAUGGACUAUGUCCAGGAGGACUAUGGGAUAUUUGUAGCAGUCAUGGGACAUGUGAUCCCUUGAAUGGCACAUGCUCAUGUGAUCCAAGAUGGAGGGGUGACAUCAAGAACACAACUUCCGGUAAUGUGACUUUGUCCCCAAUGCCCUGCUCGAUGUGUACCUCAGGAUGGCAAAAUCAGAACUGUUCAAUUGGUGUUGAAACUGAAUACUCGAACUCAAGCUUCCUCAGUGAUACAGCCAUUUGUGUAGCAUUUGGUGACCCUCAUGUGACUACAUUUAGCCGAGCUAGUUAUAAUCUGGGUAUCACAGGGCCGUUUCAGGCAUUCAAAUCUCGAUCUAGUGUGAUGGACGUGUUGCAGGUACCGUGCGAAAACUCAGCAAGAUGUAGGAGAAUACGGGAGAUCGCGUUGUCAUCUCAAUCUUUCAAUAUUUCAGUGAGAAUGUCAGAUGUAGGAGAGGUUUUCACCAAUCUCAGCUCUAACAUGGUGCCUGAUACUACUUUAAGGUAACUUUUCGUUUUUUACAAUAUUUUGUCUGUUAGCCAUACGGCAUGUUCUAAACUUAAUCCCCGAGCCGACGGCGCGAAGCGCCGUGCGAGGGUACUAAUUCCCCCCGGCUAUUUACACCUGGGGAAACGAAAGCAUUAGCCAAGUCUAAAGUUCGUCAAUGAGCGCGGGCGUGGGUUACCGUGAGUGGUUCGGUGGGUGGUCAUCCUCACUGAUCUCAAAAAUAUGGCGGACUGUCAUGAAUAGCGGACACUGAUUGGUCCAAUUUAAAGUUUGCAUUAUAACGACUGUCGACUGUAUGACGACAGCGAAAUAGCAAACAUUUCUUGAUUUGAUGAUUGAUAAAUUUCUUGCAAAUAUAUUUAAUUUUUGCUCGCAUUUUUGCAAGAUUUUGUAAAUUUCAAGAAAGAAAGGGCGAAAGAAUCGGCUAAAAGAAGGGAGCCGACGUCAACGAAGGUAAGUUUGUUUUAAAUAUUGAUUUUAUAAUUGCUUUAAAACCCGACGGCCGCUUUGGCCCUUUGGCUUUGCGUAUAUGAAACAACUAAACAAGACAGCAUAUAAUUUCAGUGUAUUAAUAAUAUUGAUUCCCUUUUUUAUUAGGCCUAUAUUGAAUUUUUUAAAUAAAAAAGAAAGCAAAGUUAUUUGCAUGCGAGAAUUUGAAAUCAUUUUAUUGCAAACUCAAAGUUUAUCGAUAAAGCAUUUUAAUAACUAAAGGCAGUUUUAAUAGUUUUAUAAAGAACAUUUUAAAACGUUUUGCGAAGCUUUUGUGGUUGAAUUUUACCUUAAAUUGAAGCUUAUAUUACGUAUAAUAACAUACCUAACAUAUAUAUGUUGGGAAAUUGAUAAUUUUGUAAUUAAAAGUGAUAUUUUUAGGCGAUUUUUCAUUUGUAAGAAUAUUCUUAAAAAAUUAUCGUGUUACCAUGACAACAACUUUGGAUACUUCAUAGAUACUUUGGAUACAGCAAGGCGAGGGUUUCUGCAUGCAUCAUGUAUUUUCUAGUCUAAUACAGUAGACACUAAACACGAAACGCGAUUUGAGAAAUUCGUGGGUGUCAAUCAAGGGUGUCAAUCGCUUCCCUCUCCUAGCCUCGUACCCAGGCGCUUUGAUGUGCUAAGCGGCAGCGUGACGCGCGCGUGGGAAUCGAGGUGCGGCGCGCGUCACCUGUCCCUCUUUAUGGAUAUUCAUAUAAAGAAUUACCAUAAUUUUUGCUUAUUGGGAGACUCCGUUUCCUCCCUUUCAGUAAUCACUGAGCAUUUAUGAAAUACACAACAACGGCAACUUCCUAUAAAUACGUUUCGACUGAUUCAUUGAAUCAAGCGUUUCGACUGAUGCAUGGAAUCACUUCUCGUGAUAAUUACAAAAUAGUUGAAAUGAAACGAAAUGAAAGUUACCGUUUAUUUUAUGAAGUAAUACGAGCAACAAAAUCAUACCGAGAAACGAAUAUAUUGCCCAAGAUUCAUAACUUAUCCUUGGCGCAAAAACCUUCUGAAAUCAAAAGUGCAGAAGACAAUCAUUUAAUAACAUUUCUCUUUUCCAAGAUAUUCAACUUCGUGGCAAACAAUCAGUGAAGGAAGAUAUCGUUGGUUAGAUCGAAAUCGUUUGGAAAUCACGGACAAAGAUGAAACUAAAUUGACAAUACUGGCAUACUUUGACACGUUGGCCGUGGCUGUUGAAACAUCAAGGAGACUGAACACCAGUGAGCGGGGAAUAUGCGGAUCAUCGGAUGGAGAUUGGGAACAAGAUAUCAUUGAAACAUUGAACAUGACGUCAUUAAAUGGGACUGCAAUCCAAUCAACGCUUGCCAAUUUAACACAGGCCAAGCAUGAUGAUUAUAUUAACAAUGUGAUACGAGUGAGAGAUACCAGAAUGAUUACAGGAUAUGCGAUGGCAUACAGGACAGGUGGUGGAUAUAUGUUGAGUCUGGGGAUUAAUUACUUAUCUUUAAUCCUUGACUUUACUUACCCUGUGCUUUCUGAGGUCAGCAUUGAAAUCUGGGUAAAGUUAUCUGUAUAUGAAACAGCGAUGACUGUUGGAACAGUUCUAAAAGGAAAACGGGUUCUGUACAGUAUUGUUCACCAAGGAAGCAACUGCACUGUCAGGUAUAACAAUGAGAUAGUUAUUACGUGGGGUUCAUAUGAAAUAAAUACUGGAUUAGUAUUGAAACACUCUCACUGGACGCAUCUCUCUCUCACUUGGAGAAACAGCGAUGGACGACUUGUUAUGAUGCUGGCAAAUAUUGACAGACAAAGAGAAAAAUCGAUACACUAUGGUGUCUGGGUCAACCAUUUCUUUUAUAUUGAUAAAGGAAUUUUCUUCGGCCAUGACGAGAAGAACGAACUUUUGAACAUUGAGCUUACUCUGGAACUUGAUGAGCUUCGUGUGUGGCAGUUUGCCCGUAAAGACGAGGACAUUCUUAAAAACAUGGCGGACAAGAUACAUGGCUACAUUGACGGAUUGCUCAUGUUUUGUGGGUUUGAUGAAGGAUAUGGCACUACAACGAAUGGGACACUGUACGCACUUUAUAGUGACAACACAACAACAUCUGGAUACUACCACCGUGGGAACAAAACCCAAGAUAAAAGAAUUGUAUACGAAGUUAAACCCCGAGGUGUGAAUCCACUGUGGAAACCAUCAGGCGCACCUUACCCGAAUUUGGGUGAUUAUGAAAUCAACUUUGAGUCAGAUGAUUUGCAGAACGACACCAAAACUGAAUGUUACAAAUUGUUUUAUACUGGAAAUCUGUAUAAAUACUGUGGCGAAAAGCUUGUCACACAAACAUUGUUUUAUUACGAAGCGUGUCUAAUGGAUGUCGCUCAUUCUGGGGACAUACAGCACACUAAGAUCUCCGUGAGCAUGUUUGCAUUUUACUGCCAGAAAGUCUUGACCGUCCCAUCCUGUCACUUGCAUGGUUUCUACGAUGGUUUUCCGGCGUGUGAAGAAGAGCCUGGUUUUGACGUGAUUCUUAUCGUUUCAAUAUGUAUCGGUGUUUUCGUGUUCAUAUUGGUGACAGUUCUUUGCAUUAUUCUGUUGUGUCUGAGACGCCGACGAAAGAAGAAAUCAAAGGCCAAACACAGACAUGGCAGAGGGAUUGAUCUCAAACGUGUGCCUUCGCCAGAUAUGUAUAGAGAUGUUGGGGAUGAUGAUAAUUUUGGUGAAUUAGGGAUAUCAGAUGAAUUACCAAGGUACAAUUACGGAUUACUUGAAGAGCGUCACCAGGCUGAUGGUGGUGAAAGGAUGAAAGAAAGCUCAUUUUGAAAUUGAACUGAAGAAAACGUUUUUGAACAUUUUCCAAAAAGACUUUGGAAUGAUAUAUUAUAUAUAAACGGUGCAAAUUUUGCAACAUAAUGCUUAACGAGACCGAAUUUGUGUAGUUUACUAGAUUGCAAGACGUCUGAUUCAAAAUAUAGUCUUCAAAAGGCAAAAUAAUUAUCAUUUAAUAAUCGUAGGCACUACUUAAUAAUUUUGUUAAUCGUAGAUCAGUAAAAAUAAUUUUGCACAGCAAAGCACCAGUAGCAGCGUAAUACUAACUGUAAUUUCACUUUACUGACAAAGUUGUUAAAAUUUAAGUUUGAAUCGAUUUUGAAAAUAUAUCUUUUGCACAAAUAA